AUGGCGGGCGUCAUUGGACAGAUGGAUGCCUUUGAUGAGUCGACGGAGCAGUGGUCGACGUACGUGGAGAGGUUUGAGCACUUCGUGGCAGCAAAUGGACUGAAUGAGGAGAGGAAGCUGCCGGUGUUUUUCAGCGUGAUGGGACCGGCGACGUACGGUCUACUGUGCAGCCUCAUCGCCCCAGAGAAGCCGGGCACAAAAACGUAUGGGGAGGAAGACCGCACAAUGGCGACAGUACUAGACAGCCAUGCCAGGGUGUUCCAAGAAGGUCUAGGUACACUAAAGGGCUUUGAGGUGGCGUUAACCCUCAAGCCAGUGCAUCAACCGAAGUUCUUCCAAGCACGGUCGGUGCCAUAUGCACUUCGGCCGAAGGUGGAGGAGGAAUUAGGGCGUUUGGAACAGGGGGGCGUACUGUCUCCAGUACAGUUUAGUGAAUGGGCUACUCCAAUUGUACCCAUUGUAAAAAAAAAUGGGAAAGUACGUAUAUGCGGAGAUUUUAAAGUGAUCUUGAAUCCCGCUCUUUGUGCUGAACAUUACCCCAUUCCGAGGAUAGAGGAUCUUUUCGCAUCGCUGGCGGGGGGGCAGCGUUUCAGCAAAUUAGAUCUGGCGAACGCAUAUUUACAGGUGCCGGUUCAGGAAAGCUCCCGUAAAUAUCUGACAAUUACCACGCAGAAGGGAAUGUUUUGCUAUAACCGUCUUCCCUUCGGGAUCACCUCUGCGCCGUCAAUCUUUCAGCGAGUCAUGGACCAAGUGUUGCAGGGCCUCCCCAACGUCCAUUGUUUCCUGGACGACAUUUUGGUGACUGGGGAGAACGAUGCAGAUCACCUAAAAAACUUAGAUGCAGUGUUGGGCCGAUUGGAAAAAUUCGGUUUGCGAGUACAGAAGGAGAAUUGUGAAUUCUUCAAGAGUUCAUUAGAAUAUUUGGGGCAUGUCAUUGAUAAAAAAGGGCUACAUAAGUCCCCAGAGAAGCUUAAGGCCAUCGCGGAGGCCCCAGCCCCCAUUAAUGUGAGUCAGCUCCGUUCUUUUUUGGGCCUGAUAAACUAUUAUGGCCGGUUUGUAAAAAACAUGGCAGCCAUUCUCAGCCCAUUACAUGAGCUGUUGCACACCGGAGUGGCAUGGAAGUGGUCACCGGAGUGUGAGAAAGCCUUUAAGGCAGCAAAAGACCACCUGCUAUCAGAACAGGUGCUAACACAUUAUGACCCCAGGUUGCCCCUGCGGAUAGCGUGCGACGCGUCGCCGUAUGGGGUGGGCGCGGUACUUUCGCACGUGAUGCCCGGUGGUGAGGAGAGACCCAUAGCCUUUGCCUCUAGGACACUGAGCAAGGCGGAGCAAAAUUAUGCUCAGAUUGAAAGGGAGGCGCUGGGAAUUAUUUUUGGGGUACGUAAAUUCCACGCCUAUUUGUACGGGUGCCAUUUUACACUACUCACAGAUCACAGACCGCUGACAAGUAUAUUGAGUCCCAGUAAGGCGACGCCACCUAUGGCGGCCGCGCGACUGCAGCGGUGGGCGUUAGUGUUAGCAGCACACAACUACACCAUCCAAUACAGGAAAGCAGCGGAUCAUGGGGAAAAGCCAGACGCAGUAGAUAGGGUGACAGUACAUCACCUUGAGGCACUCCCAGUGGACAGUGAAGAUAUUAGGAAGGGAACUAAAUAUGACCCAGUGCUCUCUAGGGUAGUAGAGAUGGUAGUGUCAGGCCAGUUCGUUGGGACAGUGGGGCAGAAUGACGCGUUGGCACCCUUCUACAUGCGACGAGACGAACUGACUGUGAUCCAGGGGUGUUUGCUAUGGGGCAGUAGAGUGGUGGUUCCUCCAGCGUUGAGACCGCAGCUUCUGAAAGAACUACAUGCCGGGCACCCGGGCAUGGUCAAGAUGAAGGCCAUUGCACGGAGCCAUGUCUGGUGGCCGGGGUUAGACGCCCAGAUUGAACAGCAGGCCAGGACAUGCUCUACGUGUCAACGGGACCAAAAGAACGCGGCGCUAUCCCCACUGCACACCUGGCCAUGGCCGGGAUCCCCAUGGCAACGGAUCCAUGUGGACUUUGCAGGGCCGUUCGAAGGACACAUGUUCUUGGUGGUGGUAGAUGCGUACUCUAAGUGGCCGGAAGUACAGGUGAUGAAAACGACGACGACGGAGAAGACUGUACAGGCCCUGAGGAGUAUGUUUGCCCGCAACGGAGUACCAGAGACACUGGUUAGUGACAAUGGGCCACAAUUCACAGCGGCAGAGUUCAGGGCAUUUCUCCGGGCAAACGGAGUGAAGCACAAAAGGUCAGCGCCUUUUCACCCCGCCACGAACGGUCAAGCAGAGCGUUUUGUGCAGACGCUGAAGCGUUCAUUGAAAGCGUCUAGGGGAACAUUUACGCUGCAACAUCGAGUGGAGGCAUUUUUACUCAGCUACAGGAAUGCGCCUUAUUGUAUACUGACUGUUAGUCGGUAA